GAAGAAGUAAGCAGUACAAUAGAUGCACUGCCUUGCAACAAAACACCUGGAUCAGAUGGACUCACUUACGAAUUCUACAAAGAUACGAAAGAGGAACUCCUCCCCUUCCUAACAAAACUCUUCAAUUAUGUACUUAACUCAGUAGAUAUGCCUAACUCUUGGAAUAAAACACAACAAGCCUUUAUCAGAGGAAGAUCUAUAACAGACACCAUACUGGAUAUUCUAACAGUGCUAAGAAACCAAUCUGACCAGUCAAAGCAGCACUGGCUCCUGUUACUAGACCAACAAAAAGCAUUUGAUAGA